CUAGCCGUCGUCCGAUUCGCAUUUUCUAUCGGAGCUCAUUCCUUAAGCUCACUUCUCUUUUUGUCUUUCCAAUCCCCUUCGCUUAUUUCGGCAUUUUAAUCUUUCUCUUUAUUUUCGAUAAUUCGAAUAUCUAUCACGAAAUAACUUUUAAAUUUCAUUAUCCAUUCCAAUUUCUCUAAUUAUUUGUACACUUUUUUCGUAUUGCCGUAUCUCUGCAUUAUUUCUCUACCAUCAUAAUGAGCUUAGAACCUGUCCUCUACAAGAUGAGCAUAAACGACGAGAACCAGGUGCCCAUGCAUCGUUCACCAUCCAAAAGAAAAGUACUCGGAGAAAGUCAACAACAGAAUAUUAUUACUGUUCCUCAAGAGCAGAUCCUCAAGAAGGAUGAGAAAAUGACUAAGAAAGUUGAGGUAGAGCCCCUGUUACAAGAAAGCUCAAACCGUUUUGUAAUGUUUCCUAUUCAAUAUCAAGACAUAUGGAGCAUGUAUAAGAAAGCUGUUGCUUCUUUCUGGACUGUAGAAGAGGUUGAUUUAUCGAAGGAUUUGGUUCACUGGGAGAAAUUAAAAACUGAUGAACAGCAUUUCAUUUCUCAUGUCUUGGCUUUUUUUGCUGCAAGUGAUGGAAUUGUCAAUGAAAACUUGGUUGAACGGUUCUAUCAGGAAAUCCAAGUCUCUGAAGCACGUUCAUUUUACGCAUUCCAAAUUGCUAUUGAAAAUAUCCAUUCUGAAAUGUACAGUCUCCUUAUUGAUACAUACAUUAAAGAUUUUAAACAGAGGGAUUAUUUGUUCAAUGCCAUAGAGACAAUGCCUUGCAUUAAAAAGAAAGCCGAUUGGGCUUUGAAAUGGAUUUCUGACAAGGUCCCAUAUUCAGAGCGUGUUGUUGCUUUUGCUGGGGUAGAAGGAAUCUUUUUCUCUGGUUCUUUUGCUGCUAUUUUCUGGUUAAAGAAACGUGGCAUCAUGCCUGGUUUGACAUUCAGCAAUGAAUUAAUUAGCAGAGAUGAGGGUCUCCACACAGACUUCGCUUGCCUUAUGUUCAAACACUUAGCUAAUCCACCAUCACAAGAGAGAGUUUAUGAGAUCAUCACUGAUGCUGUUAAGAUUGAGCAGGAAUUUCUUACCGAAGCACUUCCUUGUAAUUUAAUUGGUAUGAACUGUGACUUAAUGAAACGUUACAUUGAAUUUGUUGCAGACAGACUUCUUGUUGAACUCAAUUGUCAGAAGAUUUACAACUCUGAGAAUCCAUUCGAUUUCAUGGAACACAUCUCAUUGGAGGGAAAGACUAAUUUCUUUGAGAAGAGAGUUGGUGAAUACCAAAAAAUGGGCGUCAUGUCUGGAUCGAACCACACAUUCACACUUGAUGCUGAGUUCUGAAAUAUCUGGACCUUUUCUAAUUUAUUUUUCAAUAGUGUACAUAAACUGAAAGAUUUACUUGUGAAAUAAUGUAAAUAAAAAAAAAUUGUAAAAAGAGU